AUGUUCAACUCCAGCACAAACUCCUUGGGAAACAACUGCAGCUACAACAAAGUGAUAACAACGAGAGUCAUUCCCCUGCUCUACAGCUUCAUCUUCCUGGCAGGGUUCUCGCUGAAUGUCGUGGCAGCCUGGGUCUUUCUGCACGUCUCCAGCACAAAGAGUUUCAUUGUCUAUCUCAAAAACAUCGUCGUGGCCGAUCUCCUCAUGAGCCUGACCUUUCCUUUCAAAAUCUUUGCCGACUCAGGACUUGCAUCUCCAGAGCUGAACCUAUUUGUGUGCAGAUACUCCGCGGUCGUGUUCUACACGAGCAUGUACAUUGGGAUCACCUUUUUUGGCCUCAUUGGGUUUGACAGAUACUACAAAAUUGUAAAGCCUUUGUUCACCUCCUUUUUCCAUACAGUUAACUACAGCAAGGUGAUAUCUGUAGUCAUAUGGCUACUGUUAGGGCUGAUAUCAUUCCCAAAUAUGAUUUUAACUAAUGAAAUCACUAAAGACAGUGAUCCCAUGGAAUGUAUGGGCCUUAAAAGUGAGCUCGGGAAAAAAUGGCAUGAAGCAUCAAGUUACAUUAGCAUAGGGAUUUUCUGGGUUGUCUUUUUCCUAUUAAUUUUAUUUUACACUUCCAUAUCUAAAAAAAUAUAUAGCUCUUACAAAAAGUUCCGGAGGAACUCAGAUGUGGCCAGGAGGAAAACCAGCCGGAACAUAUUCAGCAUCAUGUUUGUGUUUGUCGCCUGCUUUGUGCCCUACCACCUCUGCAGGGCCCCCUACACCGUGAGCCAGACUGGCUCCAAGUUCUCCUGCCAGACCCAGAAAUCGCUGUUCUAUGCCAAGGAGUUCACUCUGAUAUUCUCUGCUGCCAACGUCUGCCUUGACCCCAUCAUUUAUUUCUUCCUCUGCAUCCCCUUUAGAGAAAAGCUGUACCAAAAACUGCAUCUCUAGCUUCACGUGAGUGAAAUUUCUAAAUCCAGGAGAUCAAAGACACUUCAGAAAAGCAUAAACACCAUGUAG